AUGACUGAGCAUACACCACCUGCCUCUCUUACCCCCACCUGCCUCACCGACUCCAUCAUUACCAUCCACAACUUACAGCGUCUUGGAUACAUUGAAGUUCCCUUUCCGGGCAGUGCAGCUACAUCGAUCAAACGCGAGACAGUGCGCGCCAUGACACUGGACCACCGCUACCGAGCCAAAGUUGGCAUCGAGUACAUUGACAAGGAGUUUGAGCGCGAGCUGCCGUGGGACAAGCCAAGGACGCCAAUUGUCCCCGAGUCGCCCGACGACCAGAUCUGUGCCUUCCUUCACGAAUGCUUCCUCCAGCCUGACCGCUUCCAGACGCUUAGCAUUUUCCGUGAAGUUUUGAUGCGGACACAGGAGAUCAUGAGAGACCGGAUCGCGUGGCUGGACCAACUGGACCAAGCGCCGCCCUCAGCGCUUCCCUGUUCAGAGAAGCAAGAGCUCCGUGCCGUCGAUACUCACAAGACCGGAUAA